GGCGGCUCCAAAUCGCCGAAGGAAAGGUUAAAUAGAGCUGCACAUAUAGAAAAGGCGAGUGGAGAAGGUGUUGACUGCAAUGUGGGAACCAGAAAAGAAACCACUUUUGAUACCAGAGGAAUGGUCUGAUGCAGCAAGUUCUGUUUCCUGCAAUUCGUUAAAACCGGCUGUAGCUUUGGUCUGUGGUCCUAAAGACAGUGGCAAGAGUACAUUCUCCCGUAAUCUUGUUAAAGUUCUUCUCCAAAGAUACAAGAGGGUUGCUUAUUUGGACAUUGAUGUUGGUCAGCCUGAAUUCACUGUACCUGGUUUUCUUUCUCUCACAGUUGUCAAUAAAUCAAUUCUAGACUCGGAUUGGACAGGUCCAUGUAUAAUUGAACCGGAGAGAUAUUUCUUCUAUGGUGAUGAUUCUGCAAAGAGAGAUCCAAAGGCUUAUCUGCAGUUUGUCUAUACCUUGUUUGAUUACUACCAGCUACACUUCUGCAAGUCUAGCGAGAAUAAGACUGAGUUACCUCUUGUCAUUAAUACACCAGGCUGGGUUAAAGGUUUAGGUUAUCAUGUAUUGGUGGACGUAUUGAGAUAUGUUUCUCCCUCCCAUGUUGUGAAAAUCAUGUUGAAAGACCCCACAGAAAGAACUCUCAGCAAGAACCUUCCAUCUGGGUUGUUCUGGUUAGACGGUUAUCAUGAUGAGAUACCUCAUUUGAUAGAGAUUCAAUCUGCUUACAAAGUCAGUUUCAAGCGAACUGCAGCAGAAAAGCAUUUUCGUAGUAUGAUGAGGGAUGCGCGUAUAAUCGCCUACUUCAAGCCUUGCAUUAAAGGAAAAGAAGUAGACACGGACAAAGAGCUAUCCCAUGAACUCGCUUCCCUUGUUCCUUAUGAGGUUCCAGUAUCGAGUGUAACAAUCAGUCAUCUACAUUGCCAGAUCCCAAGUUCAGAAGUGUUUUAUAGUUUGAAUGCAUCCAUCGUUGGCUUGGGGAUUAGCUCGGAGGUGUUUGAAGAUUUGCCUUUAUGCGUUGGUCUUGGAAUCGUGAGGGGUAUAGACAUAGAGAGAGGAAUCUUGUAUGUGAUCACUCCAGUUGCAGAGAAUGUAGUUGAGAAAGUUGAUCUUCUAUGGCAAGGCUACAUUCAGUUACCUACUAGUCUUUUGGGAGUGAAAGAUCACAGGUCUCCUUAUCUUUCCCCCUAUGUCUUAACUUCCACCUAAACUUCAUCUUCUUUUAGAGACUUUUAUUACUCAAUUUUUGCUGUUUGCUACCAUUAUGUAUCAUCAGUUUAUCUAAUACCAAGUUUCAGUUUUGUUUAA